AUGGAGGGAGGGCAGAGCAGCGGCAAGAGGGCGAGCGCAGAGGAAGUGAAGUCAGAGCCAGAGGAAGGAGAGGUGCUGAUGAUGAUGCAGGACGGAGGCGAAGGAGGCGGCGCGUCGGUGGCGGCGGAGUCCAUGGCGCCGGCGCAGAUCGACGUGAGGAUGGACCUGACGCUGCUCCACUGCCAGGGCUGCCUCCUCCCCCUGAAGCCCCCCGUCUUCAAGGCGGCGCCGCAGUUCUGGUGCAAGCUCUCCGUGGAGCGCCUGGGCGGCGACAACAGGGACAGGCUGGUCCUCAUGGCCUCCGCGGUGAGCAGCAGCGCGCUGUCCACCGGCGCGCCGGCGCCGGGGCAGGGGAUGUUCUUGGCCGUGCCCCAGGAGCUGCUCUCCGGCGACACGCUCACGCUCACCGUCCGCAUUGAUAUGAUCCGGCCUGCCGCCGGCGCUGCCGCCGCUCCCAAGUCGACAACACCACAGCCUAGGACGGCUAGGAGGAUGCAGUGA